AUGGCGUCCAUCGGUCCACAACUUCCGCCGCAUCUGCAAAAGCGGAAGCGCACGCCCGAGGACGAUGAAGAGUUGGGCUCGCCGCCCCCAAAAGCUUCGCGCCGAGACAACGAUGAUGAGAUCUCACUUGACGACGAUUCGGAUGGCGAUUUUGGGCCAACCGUGCCGGGAUCUGCACCAAGGAAUGAUGUGAAGAAGUCAUCAACAAGACCUAAGCCAGCCGUUGGCCCUACCCUUCCUCAUCCAGCCCCAAACACCAAGCCGCCCACGCCAGCAGACAACAAACGGCCAAUUGGUCCUUCAUUUCCGCCGACAGCACCGUCGGCCAACAACGACGAGAUCCCUCUCGAUUCUGACGACGACGACACCGGCCCAGUACGCGCACCAGCACCAACCAACGCAGGGCCCGCUCCCCCUUCGAAGCGCGUCCUUGGUCCAGCACCUCCUCCAGCACCCCUCUCCGAACGCCCGCCCAAUGGCCCCGACUCAGAUGACGACUCAGACGAUGACUGGGGCCCGGCGCUCCCAGGCGCCUCCGCCAACCCACAUACCACACACGCGCCUGGGGCCGGCCCAUCAUACCCAUCAUCCUACAACGAACCCGCUACCACGACGGCCACCAAACGUGACGACUGGAUGAUAGCACCUCCCACAAGCAGCGGCGCGCGCGCGCCGGACCCGACCAAGAUCAAAGCGCGCAAAUUCGCAAGCGGCCCACGUGCCGCGACCGACGGCAAGCCAGCCGGCAUCAGCUCGAUCUGGACCGAGACACCGGAUGAGAAGGCCCGCCGACUAGCCAACGCGGUUCUCGGUCGCGAAGAUGCCCACAACACACCACCUUCACAACAACAACAGCAACAACACCCCAGCCGCUCGCAACGAGGAGCAGAGAACGACGAAGACGCGGCUCGCGUGCGCGCCUACACCGAACAAACCCGCGGCCGCAGUCUCGUCGAGGAACACCAGGCCCGGCGCGCGGCCGGCAAGACGGGCUCUUCUUCUUCGGGAUCGAAGUUGGUCAAAAGCAGCGAUACAGCCAAGUGGGGUGUGAAAAGCAGUACCCUCGAUGAUGGGAAGAAGGGGGUCGGCAGCAAAAACGACAAGGCAGAAGAAGAGGACGAUGACCCGAGUAAGCGAGCAUUCAACUGGGAGAAGGAUAUGAAGGUGGGCGGACAGAUCAGCGGCGCGCAGCGGAGGGAACUGCUGAAUCGGGCGGCGAACUUUGGGGGACGGUUUCAAAGUGGGAAGUUCUUGUGA